AUGGUUCUCUCAUGUGCCGGGGCUGCGUAUGGAACUGCAAAAUCAGGUAUAGGUAUUGCCGGUAUUGGUACUUUUAAGCCUGAACUCAUCAUGAAGUCUCUAAUUCCAGUGGUUAUGAGCGGUAUCUUGGCUGUUUACGGGUUGGUUGUUUCUGUCCUGAUCGCUGGUGGGCUAUCGCCUACAGAGGAGUACACAUUGUUCAACGGCUUCAUGCAUUUGGCCUGUGGAUUGAGUGUUGGAUUUGCAUGUCUGGCUUCAGGUUAUGCCAUUGGUGUCGUUGGCGAUGAGGGAGUGCGGAAGUUCAUGCACCAGCCAAGGCUAUUCGUUGGUAUCGUGUUGAUUCUCAUCUUUGCAGAAGUGUUGGGAUUGUACGGCAUGAUCAUUGCUCUAAUCUUGAACACAAAGGGCUCUGGUUGA